ACAGCGCGAAGGAGAGUAGAGAGAGAAGGAGAAGGCUCAGUUCAACCACUAUUUCAGAGGAUUACGCGCCGUUCAGUUCGUUUUUCAAUUUGGAGAGUGGAGACCCUUUCCCCUCUUCUACCCUUUAUUCACCACGUCUUCUCUGUCCUGGCCUCUCUCUCCUCCUACAAUUUUAAUUAAAUUUUGAUUAUUUUUGUUUAUUUAUGGAUUUUCUUAUUUCUUCUUCUUCUCCUCUCCUCUCCUUUGUUCUGCUCUGUCUCCUCACCGGAUUUUCUCCGAACCAUUCGAAAUCUAGAAAAUUUUGGAAACCAAAAGUCCAUUGGAGAUGGGUUCUUCCGAAAACGUAGUCAUUGUCAAAACCCAUGUGGGAUUUUCUUUCUCUUCUUUCCUGUUUGCAGAUUUCUCUCUCUGGGUCUGAGUAGAGUUUGAGUCUCUCUCAUAUGUACGGAGAGCGAGGGAACAAUUGACAUUUGCUUGAUGAAUUCAAGGGAGGGGAACAUGGAGGAGAUGAGCAACAUUGGACCGGAAAAAGUAUAUGAACCCUCAAGAAAGGAUGCAAUGACCAGAGAUUAUAUUAAUUCAACUAGCAACCCACUAUCUGACCAUCAAAAUAGGGAUCAGCUUGCCAAAAGUGGCAUUGAUUCAAGCAGUAAUCCUCCAGACGAACCAAGAAAAAUGGAUCCAAAUGACCAAACUAGGUCUGAUUCAAUUAGCAGCUCAACACCAUUUCCAGGAUCUCUUACAAAUUCAGAUACAAAAAGAGCGACAUCGCUGUUUGUUACGGUAGGACCACCAACAGCAGGACCGAUAGUGGCAACUACACCAACUGGCUCAAAGACAAGUGAUGCAAAGAGAAGUGAUUCUGUCACCAACAUUGGUCGGCCGAGCUGCAAUAGUACCCGCAGUGACAGCUUAGACAGUGGGCCCCUCAAACCCCACACUGGUGGUGAUGGUCGUUGGGAGGCCAUUCAACUGGCUACUGCUAGAGAAGCUCCUCUUGGUCUCAGCCAUUUUAGGCUCCUCAAGCGCCUCGGUUAUGGUGACAUUGGCAGUGUGUAUCUUGUUGAACUACGGGGAACCAACACAUUCUUCGCGAUGAAAGUUAUGGAUAAGGCAUCACUUGCUAGUAGAAACAAGCUACUCCGAGCACAGACGGAAAAGGAGAUUCUUGGACUUCUUGAUCACCCCUUUUUGCCCACUCUGUAUUCUUCCUUUGAGACAGAUAAAUUCUAUUGCUUGGUCAUGGAAUUCUGCAGUGGGGGUAAUCUCCAUUCUCUUCGGCAGAAGCAGCCCAAUAAGUAUUUCACUGAGCAAGCUGCACGGUUUUAUGCAUCAGAAAUUUUGAUGUCGCUCGAGUAUCUGCACAUGCUUGGCAUAGUAUACAGGGACCUGAAGCCAGAAAAUGUGCUAGUGAGGGAGGAGGGCCAUAUCAUGCUCUCUGACUUUGACCUAUCACUCCGCUGUUCUGUCAACCCAACUCUUGUAAAGUCAUCAUCUGCCCAUGUAGGCAAUGGUGCUAUCCUCAAUGAUGAAUUUGCGGUGCAUGGGUGUAUCCAGCCAUCAUCAUUUUUCCCCCGCAUACUACCCAAGAAAAGUCGGAAAUCUAAGUCGGAUUUUGGUUUGUUUGCUGGUGGAUCCCUCCCAGAGCUAAUGGCAGAACCUACGAAUGCACGUUCAAUGUCGUUUGUUGGGACACAUGAAUAUCUGGCCCCAGAGAUCAUUCGUGGUGAAGGUCAUGGCAGUGCAGUUGAUUGGUGGACAUUUGGAAUUUUCCUAUACGAGCUGUUGCAUGGGACAACACCUUUCAAGGGAUCAGGCAAUCGUGCCACACUGUUUAAUGUGGUGGACCAGCCACUGAGGUUCCCAGAGGUACCAGCUGUGAGCCUUGUCGCAAGGGACCUUAUCCGUGGGCUCCUGGUGAAGGACCCACACAGGCGAAUUGCUUACAAAAGGGGUGCAACAGAGAUCAAACAACAUCCAUUCUUUGAAGGAGUGAACUGGGCUUUGGUGAGGAGCAGCAUGCCACCCCACAUACCUGAGCCUGUGGAUUUUGGACAAUAUGCCAGUAAGGAAACCGCCCACAUACCGAAGAAGGUAGCAGAAAAUGAUGGUGGUGUAGAUAAGAACAGUUCUAAUGAUACUUAUCUUGAUUUUGAAUAUUUCUAGGAUAAACAGGGCUGCUUAUUUGAUGAUGAUAAUCAUACACAUCUUCAGAGGGAUAUUGUCGUCUGCUAGGAAGUGAGGUGUUUCUGUUGACAUUACAUGGGUUUGUUGGGGGGAGGGGGAGGUGAGAUAGAGGGAGAAAUGAUGUGAGGAGGAUCCUGAUUCUUUGUUGAGGUUAGAAGCAAUAAAUAUUGCAGUUUGAGGAUGGAACGGCCUAUUAUUAUUUUGUAAAACAUACGCGGAUUAAAUGUUGUAUGAUUUCCAUAAUUAGUAUAUCUUACCAAGAAAAUUCUGUAGUCUGUACAUGAUCAAUGUAUUAUUUUUCAUUAAAAA